AAUGUCGAUUGGUAACCGUACACUCGGCAACACUUCACCACUGUCAGUUCUGUUCAUUUGUGUGUCCGUGGCCCAUGUUAAACUAAAAACUUGUUCGAAUGCGAAAAAGAGGUUGAUUUCCGUUCGGACGCUGCUCUGUGUUUUAUAAUUUUGCCUUUCUGAGUUCAGUCAUUUUCAAAUUUUAGUAAAUGUAAAAGGUGGUAUUCGAAUCUACGAAACGGUGUUGAAGUUCUAGCAGUGUUUCCGGUCAUUCGUGUCGGAUGUGAAAGUGUUGUUCGUAAGUUUUAAGAAGGUAACCAACAAAAAAAGUCGAUUGGCUUCGUGCAGCAGUGAAACUCGGAGACCAAAGUGUUGUGUGUGUCCGUAACGAAUCUCCGACAUUUUAAUCUGCGGAGCCCUGUGAGCAAUUCAGCAGUUCGUGAGAUCCGGCAGAAGUACGGACGUUUCCUCACCGUCGCUCGUGGUCACCGCACGGAGCGGCGAUCGAACCCGGAUUAUCCCGAAGCGAUUUACUGCGGUCCAGCCGAGUCCAGAUACGCGCAACAUUCAAUGAUAUAGAAAUGGCACCAAUCACCAACAGCACAACGUUUUUCCAGAAUGGCAAUGCCGCCCAGUUCGAGUACAUGCUCAGCCUUUACCCGCAGGUCCUGAAGCUCAAGGCGGACAACCGUGGGGCGAGCAAGAAGGCCGAAAAGCUGAUACGCCUGGACGAAUGGUACCAGAAUACGCUGCCGAAGUUGAUUCAGAAGCGCGGCAAGGACGCACAUCUGCUGCACGAGGAACUGGUACAGACGAUGGAGUGGAAGCAGGCCCGGGGGAAAUUCUUCCCGCAGUUGACUCAUCUGAUCAAAAUCAACACUCCGCGUGCGGUCAUGAUGGAAACGAAGAAGGCAUUCCGCAAGCUGCCCAACCUGGAGCAAGCGUUGAAUGCCUUGUCCAACUUGAAAGGUGUAGGUAUUACGAUGGCGUCGGCUCUGCUGGCGGCCGCCCUUCCGGAGACUGCCCCCUUCAUGGCGGAUGAGUGUCUGAUGGCACUGCCGGAUUUCGAAAGCAUCGACUACACUGCCAAGGAGUAUCUGAAGUUUGUAACACAUAUUCAGACUACGAUGGAUCGUUUGAACAAGGAAGUUCACGGUCCGGAAACCGCUGAGAGCAACGGCGAAAAUCAACCGAAGAAAUGGACGGCACACACGGUCGAAUUGGCAAUGUGGUCUUACGCCGUAGCAUCCGAUUUGCAACCGGAACUGCUGAAAGACAUGCCGGAUAGCAACGGGAUAGUCCCGCCGUCCACUAACGGAGCUGCGGUCGAAACGGAUCUCGAUGAAAACUCACAGAAUGGAGCUCCAUCGGACGAUAGCAAUCUGGACAGUGAGAGUGCAUCGAAGGACGCGAUCAUCAGCAUCAAUGGAAACGCGAAUGCCGACAGUUUAGAGGGAUCGGAAAAUGGAUGUUCCAACCAGGAAGACGCUAUGGCUGCUGAAGCAAACGAUGACACCAAUGGCGAUGUCAUUCCGAAGGCUUUCCCAACGGACAGUCUAGACGAUUGCACCAAAUCCGGUGACAGCUUAGAUGAACCUCCGCCAACGGCAGUGGAAGCGACUGCUGCAGCCGUGGCCUCUCUCUGCACAGGCGAUGCCGAGGGCGCCGUCGACAGCGAUUCGCAGAGUAGCAACAGCCAGAAACGUCCGCUGUUCUGCGAUGAUAAUUCCGAGGAGCAACCAGAACUGAGUGCCCCCAAACUGAUAAAGCUGUAGAAUCAAUGGUGUUCAGGUCCAGCAGCAACAGCAGCGAAUGUGUGAACAUUUUCCCUUUUUUCUCACCCUUCUAAGAUGGUUUUCUUUUUUCCGGUAUGAGCGAUUGCGAGCGCGAGUUCAAAGCAAGAAUUUCGUUUGAUUGAGAGUGGAAGCAGCAUGAGUAGUUUCUUCAUUCUUCAUCCACACGCAUAAACACACACACGCAAACACACCAAGCCACGUAUUUAUGAUGUCCUAGGUUUUAGCAACAAAGUUACAUUCACAAAGAGUUCCCCGGAACGAAAAAAGGAAAAUCGCUCGCGUUUAUUUAAGCGAAGGUUAGAUAAGUUUCGCAAAAGGAACAGGCAACAAUUCUCCCCUCCCCCACUUUCCGGUUCGAAAGCAUCUACUACACCACUUGCUGACUCUUAAAUAUAAUGUAUUGUAUUCGUAAUUAUUUUAUUUACAAACCAGCAUUAUCAGACUAGCGGUAGACAUUGCAAUGCGCAAAAUUUUUUUUUUAAUUUAAUUGAACAUAACUCUCGAAAGGAAAAUAAAAACAAUGAAAAUCUACAUGAAUAAAUGGAACAGCGCGCUCAUGUUAGGCCUUAGUUUAAUGGACGGCUGGACAGCAGCAGCACACCAACAUGAAGAACACGAAUAAUCCACAGGAACACGUUUCGUAUUGUAUCCCCAUCUCAUACUGAUUUUUUUUUAUUAUUUGUGUGUUUGUUUUAGCACGCAGUAGGAAAGCAUGUUUCGGAUGAGCAGUGAAAAUCGAUUCCUGCUUUUUAAUUGUAUUUUUGUUUGAAUUGUGGAAAUGAUGACAAGACAUGAAUGCUAGUUUUUUCCCCCCUGUGUGGAAGCAAUCAAAAUAUUCUGCAUCGGGGAACGUCAAAGGUUGAUUUCCGCCGCUGCAUACAUCAAAAAAGCCACCGAAAGGUAGAAAAGCUCGGAUUUCGAUAGCAAUUUAAUUUCUGGUUUGCUUGGCUCGAAACUUGAAAGUAUCGUUAUUCAGAAUACAACCUGCUUCAAUUAGUUAGUGAGGUUGUUCCGAACAGUGCUGGAAGAAACUGUUGAUUGAAAUUUUAAAUUUUAAAGACUGUGUGGAUGCUUGAAAGUACGUUGCCUGCUUUCCGGACAGUCCUAUAUGAAUGUCGCGUGUAUCACCCAAAUGAAUGUCACCUGUGACACAGUCAUGAGCCGGCGCCGGCAUGAAUGUAGCGGCGAAUGGAUCACUCGUUUGUUUUCGGUGAGAAUUUUAUUACUGUUCAUGUAAAAAUGAAAAUGUUGUAUGAAAAGUCAAGAUCUGAUGUUAUCUCGUCAAAGUUAAAAGUAAACAGCAUUUUUUCAAAAUGGCGCCACAUGUCUAAGAAAUGUACGAAACGUCAUAAUCAGGAGUUCUCUUCAGAAAAAAAAAUGGAACAACUUCUACUCGGACUUAGAAUUUUUCCAUUGAAAUGAGAUUGUAGAACUAAAUUCCAUGAAAAGCAGUAAUUUAAACCCCAGCUUCAAUUAAUUUCAGAUGUCCAACGAAGUUGAUAUUUUUUCUAUGUAACACCAGAUUUCGAUUUUUUAAAAUUUUCGAUUUCGGAAAUUUGAGAUGAAUCGACAUUUACCCAUGUCCGAUUCAAGUCAAAUUUUGCAGAGACUAAUUUUGAAGUGUUAUUCGAUAUCUCAUCACAUAUAGUCAAUUUACAUUGGUUGGCAAACCAUUUGCACCUUAAAAUGAUACAGGUCUUGUAAUUUUUGACGGAAAACAGUAGUCAAAAGUCUACUGUUUUCCGUCAAAUGGUUUUUGAAUUAUUUUUUUAUCAAUCUUAGCUAAUUUUUACUGUUUGACAACCCUAUGCACCUUGACAAUGCAACAGUCUAACAAUUUUCAAUCUUGAAGUUCUUUUCCAUCCAAUUAUUGUUUUGACAAUUUCCCAAAUAUUUUGACAACCCUAUGCACCUUAAAAAAGGCAGAAUUCUAGUGAUUUUCGGUCGCAACUGAGUUUUCUUUUUCAUUCAAAUAAAAGAAAUUUUUUCAACAGUAUACUACUACUCGAAUUCAGUGGUUUUCGAUCAAUAUUGAGAUCCUUUUACAAUUUUAUUUUUAAAAAUUUGUAAUUUAUCAUUGGUAGACAACCCUUUACACCUUGAAAAUGUAGAAUUCUGACAAUUUACUGUCACUAUCGAUUUCUCCUUCCAUUCAAAAGAUAAAUUUUUUUUCCAUAAGUAAUUAAUUGUUAUUGGUUGGUAACCCUAUGUACACUCAAAAUACGUAAAUCAUGUAAUUUCCAACCACUUGACUUCCCUUUUCAUCCGAUACUCAACAUUUUUUUCAAAGAUAGUCAAUGUUUUCUAGUUGACAACCCUAUGCAUGUUGAAAAUGUUCAGAUUUAGUGAUUUUUGAUCAAUAUUAACGUUCCUUAUCAUCAAAAAUUCAUCUCAUCAUCGGAAAUCAUCAUUUCCGUUGGUUGUAAAAACGCUUAAAUCACGCGUUUUUAUUUAUAACGGCCAAUAAGCCAUCCAUCAACAUUCACUUUGAGAGUAAUUUCGAAUGACUCGGCACUCGCUGAGAGUAAGUCAUAAUAGUAAACAGCAUGCAAUUUCUUUCGAAAGUGGAAGUUGACAGGUGGCUUAUUGGUCGUUGCAAAAAAACGCGUGAAAUCUAGUUGUUUUCGAUCAAUAUUGUCGUCCUUUUCCAAACCGAUUCAUGUUAGAAAAAUUUGUAUAUUUUCACUGGUUAACUAACCUAUAUACCUUGAAAAUGUGGAAUUCUACUUAUUUUUCUGUCACUAUUGACCUCUCUUUCCAUUCAAUAGAUAUUUAACAUUUUCCGUAGGUUAUUACUUAUCGCUGGUUGGCAACCUUAUGGACAUAAGUAUAAAUCUUGUAAUUUCCGACAUAUUUCUAAAAAUAGUUAAGAAUCCCAUAGGAUAUAGGACAUUUAUGCGUAGAACGGCAGUAUGCAGGUUGAAAAUGUUUAGAUCUAGUGUUUUUCGAUCAAUAUUGAAAUUCUUUUUCUUGCAAAUCAUUUUCUAAAAUUUUUCAAAAUUAGUGAAUUGAAUUCUAGUAGGAUAACAGAGGUACUUUGGCCACUUCAUAUAUUUUGGCCCACCUAAUAAACUUUAUGGAUUUAACGGAUGUUAAGUUAAGAAAUUUGGAACUAACCACAUUAAAUUACCUCUUGCGGAAGGGGCUUUCAAUGAUUUUUACAAAAUUUAGUGGAUAUUUUUACAAAGCGGACCAAAAUAAAAUGAAUCAUAAAGUGGGCCACAAUACCUCUGUUACUCUAUAUUUCUGUCACUAUUGACUUCUCCUUUCAUUCAUUGAUCAAUUAAAUCUUGAAAUUUUCGACCUCCGUUGACCA